CGUUCCCGGACGUCGUCGUGUGACGUCAUCGGUUCCGGCGGGAAAGCUAAACGUAACCAAAUACGCACAGCCGAAACAUGGACAAAGGGGAUUACCUAGUCAACCUACACUAUCUUCCGAUUAUAUUGUUUGUUUCGUUGCCUUCCGUUUUUAUUCUGACUUACAUAAUAGCGGUCGUAUUGGGUCACGUGGAAGCUGGAUUCCCUUACAUCUCGGAUGCAGCUUCGUAUGCACCCGAAAGCUGCAUAUUCGCACAGUUUAUCAACAUGUUAGCGAUGCUCAUGUCGUUCCUCGUCUAUAUUAGGUAUUCGCAGGUGAAAGAAUGCUCGAGUACGUUCAGUCUGCAAGAAUCUCUGUCGAAAUGGAAUUACUGGUCUUUAAUUUUUGGCCUGGUGGGCACACUUGGCCUCUCCAUUGUAGCUAAUUUUCAAGAAUCGUCCGUCAAGAUCGUGCACUUCAUCGGUGCUUUUCUUUGUUUCGGUUUCAGCACUGCGUAUUUUUGGACACAGGCUGUGUGUACGUUCUACCUGCAUCCAAUAGGAAGUUCCUUGAGAUUAGCGCAUCUUCGUACAGCACUGUCUACUUUUUGCACUGUGUGUUUCAUCAUCACCAUCAUUACAGGUCCGCUGGCGUAUGCGGCUUAUAAGGGUACGAAUCCGAAGAAGUGGUACAAGGAGGACGGUGGUUGGGAAUUGCAUGUCGCUAGCACGAUAACGGAAUGGCUGUGCGCUAUCGCGUUCUGCAUCUAUAUUUUGACGUUCAGUGAUGAAUUUAAGAAUGUCAAGGUCACGCAUCCGAAGGUCGUGUGCACCCGCAAUCGUACAAGGCUCAGCAACGAGGCGUUGAACGAGAGCCAAAACUCCGUGAUGGCUCACGAUCACACGGCCAGGAUCACCUGAUCGCUCAUAGGCAGAGGC